CUGAGAUCGUGCACAGCCAGCCAGGAGCGCCCGAGGCAUGGAGGAGCCCUGAGACAGGCUCCUCGCAACGUGCCCAGAGAAUGGGACAGGACAGGGCAGGUCAAAAGAGGUGGACAUUCAUACUCUUUGGUGGGGUCCUAUUAGCAAUAAAACUCACGUUAGGAGCUUUGGAUGAGACUUGCAACUGCAGCACAGUGAUGGAUCUCCAGGAAUUCCAUACCAAAUUGGUUCCUGAGAUGUGUUGUCUGAAUCUCACAAGAACUAAAAUCAACCCCUUGGAUUGGAGCACCUUCGCUGGAAUUUCAGGCUUGAGAGAGCUCUACCUAUCAAACUGUGGUAUAUCAGACAUUAUCAAAGCAGACAACGGUUCUUCUACAUUGGAGAUUUUACACAUGGACCACAACCAACUAAGUAUGCUCCCAGACAGUUUCCUAAGAAAUGCACCCAGCUUGCGUGUCAUUCAGUUAGAGAACAACCAGCUCCAGAAGCUGCCCGAGUCAUUCCUGAAAACCUCUGACCAAAUCCAGGAGAUCUACCUUGCCUUCAAUAACUUGACUUCCCUUCCAUCUGGGAUUUUUAAACCUUCCCUCCUCACAUUAGGCCUCUCCAAUAACAGCUGGGACUGCACUUGCACCUUACUUGGAGACCUGGAAAAAUGUCUGCCUGCACCAUUUAAUACUGAGAUUGUUUGCAGCACCCCAAAGCGUUACCGUGGCCUGAACAUCAAAGACAUCCCUAAACAAGAGCUGUGCCGGAUCCAUAGCCUAACGGCUCUCUUCAUUUGCCUACCUUUGGUGGCUGUUCUGGUUUUGGUCACCUGGUGCUUUUGCAAGCAGCAGAAGAAAACCAGCUAUGCUCUCCGUGGUGGGAAGGAAUGCCAGCUGGCUACAGUGGAGAGAAAUGGUGCUAAAGGGUCAGGGGACCACCACUGCUAUAUCCCGUGUGAGGUACCUAUCGCAGCUGCUGCAGAGAGUGAGAAGAACAUCUUGUUGAGGAACCAAGUCUUGCUUAAACCUUCAAUAGCACUAUUAGGGAGCAGCAGGGACCUCUACGAGGAAGUGGAGAUCAAACUGGGGGCUUCUGAUGAUUCCUUGGUGCUGGCCAAUGAGGAAAGUCUUGACCAAGACAAGUCAGGAUCCAAAAAGCUGAUCACUGCAGAGGAGGGUUUCACAGGUGGAGAGUCUGAAGCUGAGACAAUGAGUGUGACGGAUGUUCUGAAGGAUUCAGCUGACCGUGAGAAGCUUUACAUGAACCAGUCAGUAGAUUAUUAUAACCUGGUUCCUGGGAUUGAGCUGGAGGACUCUGACCACAUGGAGUAUGAGAACGUUGACCUUUACUGAGGCUGCUUGUUGAUGCUGAGUGGUUUAAAUGUUCAUAAAGGCUAACUUUUAUCCAGUCUAUUUUAGGGGCAGGACCACCAGCACCCGGCAUUAUGCAAACUCCCCAAUAAUGAGAGUUUUCUUGUAAAUGAUUCUACAUUCUGGGCUUUGUUUCUCUGUCUUCUGAGCCUUCGGAAUGAGGUAUAUGUUAUUAUUAAGCAUAGAAGAAAAAUUGUAUUAGGGAAUGACAGAAUCUGUUCCAGUUUUGGGAUGAUGGAUGGACUGUAUGAGCUGCAGUUUCUAGCCCUUUAAUGUAACAAAUGUUAACAUUUUACACUGCAGUUUCCAACAGAAGUCAGGACUUCUCAUGAUUCAGCCUCCUUCCAGGAAGUAUGGUGUAUAGAACACAAGGCUUGGCUGGGGAGGGGACAACAUGAAGCCUGCCAGCCCUAUACAAGCAGGGAUAGUGGUUGUAAACUGGCACAAAAUAAUGGCUGUGCACAGUAUUUUUUAACGUGUAAUUUUGUUUUGAGAACGUUUUGGCCUAUAGUUAUAAGGUAUAUCCCUACAUAGCUUUGCCUAAUACUUCCACCUAAAUUCCCAACCCCCUACUCUUAUCUACUUGCUUGAUGCGUGGGGUGGUCUCUGCACUUUAGUCUCCUUCCCUGGGAAACACCAAACCUGAUGGAGUUUGCUUUCUAGGAAUUGUCUCAAAGUUAUUUAAGAGCUCCGUUUUCCUGUACAAGGAGGAGAGGGCCAUCUAGUGGAAAAUUGUGCACACAGUCGCUCUUCUUUCCGCCAUCCUUUUAAACAUUUGAAAACUUUCUUAAGAGUAUUUCUACUACAUUCAAUUAACAUUUCUCUGAUCUAAGUUAAACAUAUCUAUUUCCUUCUGUUUGUUCUCAUAGGCUUGCUGCACAUGUAGUUUGAUCUGGGGUGGCAGGUAGGUGGAUGAAUAGUCCUGCCUCUUGGUUCAAAGAUGGCUCAUUGACCCAUCCCAGUUUCAUGAUCCAACAGCCAUGCAUCACAGAAAUUUCAGUGGCGUACAGGUUAACUGAAAUUAGAAAACAGAACAAUUGGAUGCAUAGUACAAAUCAAUAUAUGAAAUUCAACACACAUACACAUUACCUGCUUUGUCUUCUCCUCUUAGGAUUGGCAGGACUCAGUGCUGCAGUUGCCAGGAGAAGCUGCAGCAGACAGCAUUCCCCUUCAGAGGGCCUGCCCUUCCAUUAGCCAGAGUGAGGCAGCCACCUCAGGUGGCAGAUUCUGGGAGUGCAGAUCAGUGGUGGUAAGGUGUUGGUAGACAGAGCUGUGCGUGCCAAGCAGGCUGCCCUGUGCUCCCUGAGCUAAUCUGCUGCCCUCAGGUGCAAUGGAGAAUACUGAGCUGCCACCGAGGUUGAAGUAAAAUUCAGCUGCCAGUCUAAUCUAAUUCUGUAUGUAGAAUGAAGGGGGGUGCACCAUCUUUUCCUGUCCCUCAUGAGGCAAAAUGACUUGGACCAGGCUGGCCCCAUCUAUGUAAGUCUCCAAAGUGCAAGAGACUUAGUCAGGGGAGAGAGACUUCAGGCCUAGGGGGCAAAUGUGGCUCUCCAGGCUUCUUAUUUGGCUCUUGAGACUCUCUCCAGGCCACACCCCUCACCAGCCCCACUCUGUACCCUCCUCAAGUGCUUUUUGCCUGAUUCAGUAACUGUGAUAAGGCCUCUUUCCUGGCUGGAUGGAAAGAUGAGUGUGUGGGUGUGUGUAGAAACUUCUGGCUUUCAUAUGAUUGGCAUGUAGCCUGUGGUUCAAAGGGAAGAGUGGCAUGCGUUGCUCUGCCCACUUUUGUCUCAGGCCCAACCCACCGCUGGUAUACAGCUCUUGGAUGGCUCCCACAAGGGGAUGUGGUCCUCAGGCUGAAAAAGGUUCACCCUCCCAGACCACAGGUGUGCAAUUUGCAGCCUUAUUGUAUGCUCCCCCCAAGUUCCCUCCCCAUUAAAAUGGGCUUUAAAUAUUAUUUGCUUUCCUUGCUGCUCCACUCUUCUUGCUGAAUGGGAUGUGAGAAGCUGCUGGAUGCGGAACAGAGUGGCCCAUUUUCUUUUAGCAAAGUAUCUUUGAAGUUUGCCCUUCAAAACAAAAGAAAUCUCUUGCCCUCAGUUUGCUUCCGCCCCAGGCCUGACUCCAGACUGGGCUUUCAGCAUCCACAGGUGAAUGUCUGAGCUCAAACUUGCACUCUCAUGCUGGAAGCCCCUUGCUUUGUUUUACAGUGAUUGCCGUAGCUGCCUUUUGUAGUUAGUCGUUUGGGCUUGAGACUUUGUAAUUGCUAGAGUCUGCUUGACUCUCUUCUCCUGUGUACCUUGAGGCUGGAAUCUAGAAGGUCAGUUUUGUUGUUGUUCUUUGUAUUUGCAAGGAGCUAAAGCCAUUUAUCAGAGGAUAGGGUGGCUAAAAAAAAAAACUAUACAAGCAGCUGUUUACAGAGAAGGGGGCAGGAAAGAGAGAAGGGGAGAAAGGAGGGGGGAGACAGCAGAGUGAUAAAAGCAAUCCUGUCUAAAGAGGGAGACAUAUUUCCUUCUUUUGAGUGCCUUUCAGACUUCCUCUAGCCUUGUCAACUGCCAUUGGCCCUACUCACCGCCAGAUUUGGCUCCACCUACCACUGACAUGCAGCCCUCAACAGAUUGGCCAUGAGGGAAUGCAGCUCUUGACUGAAAAAAAGUUGUCCACCCCUGGUCUCGACAUAACAGUCUUAUGCUUCCUGACCUACAGCCCACAUAAUGUCACUUGUCUGUCCACUUCUCUCAUUCCUUUGUACCAAUAGUGCACACUGUCAUCUGCCCCAAAGCCCUGCACAAUGUUUUCUCCCAGUCUUGUUUUCAUCCCUUUGGCUCUAUCUUUGAUUCAUUUUCGACAGACUGAGAGAUACCCCCAAAGUCCUCUCUCAUUAGCCCUUUGGUUGCCCCCGUUGUUUGUCUCCUCUACCCUAUUCCUUACCAAUAGCUUCCUUUAGAUUCCUGUUUAUCAGUGCACUGUCUAUUUCUGUACCCUUCAUUCUGCCACCACCUUGGCUCUGGGCUCUGUACUCUGUACUCCUUUCGCUUCACUACCUUUAGACCUCUUCCUACUCCAGCUCCACAAAACUGCUCCUGUCUCUAGGACCAGUGUGAAAUUUUUAUCUCGGUCAAACCGACUAUUUUGCCUUCCCUCACAGAAGCAAACAUUUUGACAGCUUUGUUGCCUGAGCAGUUGGAAUAUUUGUCACAUUACACCGACACAGUCAAUCAAUGUUGGAGUUUUUACUGCCGUUAGUACAGGAAUAGAUUACCAUGCUUCAGUGCCUCCACUGUAGGACCCAUAGGCACUUCUGCAUCUACCUAGAGGCACUAUGCUGAAUUACGAGGUAUUUUAAAUCCUAGAACUGAAAACAGGUUCCAAACCUAAGCCCUUGUGAGCCCUGGUUCUAGCUCCUAACAAGACUUUAAAAGGGCCAAGAUGCUAUAGGGCAGUUUAAUUCAAAAGUCUAGAGGAAAGCUUUUUUUAGUGUGUCAUAAUGCUUCCAAUAUUCACAAGUAGACAUGUGAAAGCCUGGGGAAAAAACAGAAAUAUUUAAAAGAAAGUGUUUCCUGACCAUUUUUUUCCAGUUUGGGAGAAAAAUGAGGAACCCCCCCUCCAUUUUUCCAAGCCUUCCCCAAGCCUUCACAUUUCCAUUCACAAGGGCCAGGGUGUGUGGGGUGUGUGUGUGUGUGUGUGAGUUAGAAUAAAGCUCUACUUACCAAAGAGAGACUGACAUUUUAACUCUUCAUAGUCAUAAAUAACAAUACAAUGAAUGUAAAAAGAUAUAUUAUCUUCCAAUCUAUCUUUUGCACUAAACUAUUCAAUCUAUAUUCUUAUUGGGCCAUGUCCCUUUCAAAAAUAGAAGAAAAUAUUAUCGGGGGAGGGGAAUGUAAAUAAAGUGGAAUAAAUUGUUAUGUUCUGACUUUUUUUGAAUUUAAC